AUGGACUGGACCGAGAACGAAGGCGAUCACAGUCACAUGCAUGACAGCUGUCAUCACGGACAUGCAGGCCAUUCACACAGUCACGGUCCGAGAGGGGCUGCUUUUGGCGGAAAUGCUCAUCCCUUCAUGCCAGCUUUUCAUGGAUCAUUUGGCAAGAGCGCAGACCAAAUGAUGGACUUUCACACGCAGCAGCCCAAAAAACGCUCGCUCGGUGAUGAGAGCAGGAGCUGGGACAUCGUGAAAGCCACGCAGUUUGGAAUCCUGGAGCGUUGUAAGGAGCUGGUAGAAGCAGGAUAUGACGUCAGACAGCCAGAUAAAGAGAAUGUGUCACUGCUGCACUGGGCUGCCAUCAACAACCGCCCGGAGCUGGUCAAGUAUUUUAUUUCUAAAGGUGCUAUAGUUGAUCAACUCGGUGGAGACUUGAACUCUACUCCCCUUCACUGGGCCAUAAGGCAGGGCCACCUGCCCAUGGUGAUCCAGCUGAUGAGAUAUGGAGCCGAUCCCACCAUUGCUGAUGGAGAAGGUUACUGCGCUCUGCACCUGGCCAUCCUCUUCCAGCACAUGGCUAUAGCAGCUUACCUGAUGGCUAAAGGACAGGAGGUCGACAGCCCUGACUGCAACGGACAAACACCACUGAUGUUGGCAGCCCAGAAGAUUAUUGGUCCUGAACCCACCAACUUCCUGAUAAAAAAUAACGCCUCUGUGAGCGCCGUGGACAAAGUGAACAGAAACACUCCACUGCACUGCGCUGUACUGGCAGGAAAUGUCGACGCCGCCCACAUCCUGCUGGAGGCUGGCGCCAGCGUGGACGUAGACAACAUUAACGGUCACACUCCUUUAGACCUGGCCCAGCAGGUACACAGCCCGCUGCUCAUUCACAUGCUCAAUCAUGUCAAACAGGAGAGGAUUCGCUCCAACUCUCGCUGUUUGCGCCUCGUCAACAGAUACAGGGUGAUGCUUCAGUUUUUGCUCUGCACUGCCACCUUUGGGAGUGUAGGAGCCGUGUUUGAUAUGAAGACAGAGUCCUGGUUACUCAAAGGGAUCCUGCUGGCCUGUGUUGUAGGUGUGGUCAAUCUGGUGACAAGAAACUUCUCCAGUGCAGCUUUUCAGUCCAGUCUCCCCGUGUCGUCUCUCAUGGCUUCGAUCCUCUGGAUGCUCCUCACCUGGUGCCUCUGGUUUGUGCCAAAUGGACCGAGUGCAACAGUCCAGGUUCUCUUCACCCUAAAUGCCACUGCAUUGGUCUAUUACUAUCUGCGGACCUGCAGAACUGACCCGGGCUUUGUCAGAGCAACAGAAGAAGAGAAGAAAAUGAACGUGUUGGUGUUGGCUGAAGCAGGCUGUCUGGACCCUAGAAUAUUCUGCACCUCUUGCAUGAUAAAGAAACCAAUGAGAGCGCACCACUGCUUCUACUGUGACGCCUGUGUGGCCAAGCAGGACCAUCACUCCAUGUGGACCAACAGCUGCAUUGGUGCCAGGAAUCACGCCUACUUCAUCCUCUUCCUGUUUUCUCUGGCCCUGAUGGGAGCCUGGAUGUUCUAUGGCUGUUUUGUGUACUGGUCAACUCACUGUCCCCUACAUUAUGAAGAGGAGGGUCUGUGGGGCGUUGUGUCCAACCUGGUCAGCUGUUCUCCCUGGCUGCUCUGCAUCUUCGUGCUGUCGUUCUACCACACCUGCUGGUCCAGCCUGUCCCUGGUCUUUCAGCUGUACCAGAUUGCCUUCUUUGGACUGACCACCACAGAGAGGAACAGUCUGACGUUACACCAGAGGAAGAUGCGACAGACGGUGUCUCUGAGACAGAAUCCUUACAACUUGGGUGUAGUGAAGAACUUGGUGUCCUUCUUCCAGCUGCGCUGCUGUGGCCUCUUCAAGCCUGCAAUCAUCGACUGGACGCAGCCUUUUCCUGCUGGACACGACCAGCACAUGUUCGGACUCACAGAUAUGGUCUGACCUCCCUCAGGGUCAAGGCUCACAGUCCUUAACCAACGGUUGUGGACCAAAAACCAUAGAAUAUAUUUAUUUAUUUUUUUACGGGUGGGCUGUCUGGAGAGGACGGAGUACGGUGACUGUAGACAUUGCUCUGACAUCGGGCAACUUGUAAAUAGUGAUUGAGUUGUGUUUUGUUGCUGCCGCCGCCUUAUCAAGUCACAGUUGGUGAAGUUGAAAAUUUAAAUGGUGCAAUUGUGAUUCUGAGAGCUUUUUUUACAAACCUUAAACAUAAUUUUGUAAACACUUCUGGAACAAGGGUCUUUGUACAAGUUGAUGACUUUUGUAAAAGCUGCAUGUGUUUCAUAAUGAGUGACCACUAGUCAAUAAAGCAAUGUUGAUCCUGUCU